GGACCAGCUGGCUGAACACGCUGCCUGCUGCCGUCGCGUUUGCAACUCCCGAAAAACGAGCCCCUCGGCUCAGGGUUUUAGGGUCGGUGGGUUUGCGCCGGGGCUCGGCAACGGCGCUGCCUGUCCCGACGAAGACUGACGGCUCCUUUUUGCAGGGUUCAUUUUGGGCCAGCCGAGCCCCGUCCCUGCAGUGCUGCACGCGUGCUGGUGUUGGCAACGGCAAGGGGCAGAAUGGCCUUAAACCGAAUUGCGGCAACUGGAGAAAAGCAAUCACGAAUGACAGGCAUGACUCACGGCCAUUUCUCGAACUGUGGGAUGAAUUCCAGCGUUAAGGAGCUGCAGCUAAACCCGGGGCUACCCGGGCCCUUCAGAGUCCACUUCCCACAGCGCUAACAAAUGUUAAAAGAGGCAAGGGAACAGCACCUUCAGCCCCGCGCUUUUAACACAGGGAUUUUAUUUCUGUGCAGUGUCGCUUACUAGAAAUUCCCACUGUCAAACGCUAUCGUUUAUUCCAGAACGGAGCUACUGACACUUUUCCCGAGAGUGUUAAAAAAGAGGAUAGGGGCAGCUGAUGGGUCCUGCAGAAAGAGAGGUACCGGAGCAUUAAAAUUGAGCGGAAAACAGGAACCUUUGGAGCAGCAGCGUUUCCCAGCGUGCUAGCCAAAGCAUGACUGGAGAAGAAUGGGCUUCACGAGAGUCCAGAAGAAGAGCCGCACAUCCUGCUGGAGUGUGACAGCGGCGUGCUGGACGCCAUACAAAAACAUCUGAAACUGUACAAGAUCCGGAGGAAAGUAAACAUCACCCCUUGCCUUGACCUCUCUUUGUGGGCCGUUGUCCCUGGGGAGCGGGCUGGAGACAUUGCCAGUUCCCUCACAAAAUGUGCAGACCAGGCUCUGAUUUUAACUCCUGACCCCAGAACAGAAGUCAUGGGCUGGAGACUGAUUGCAAAGAAAGGAGCAAAUCUAUCGGAGAUUAUCCCUGGGAGUCAUAUUGGAAACACUGAGGAUUACCACAGGCACAGGUAUAAACAAGGAAUUCCCGAAGGUGUGAAAGAUCUCCCUCCUGGAGUAGCCCUCCCACUGGAAUCAAACCUGGCCUACAUGAAUGGCAUCAGCUUUACCAAAGGCUGUUACAUUGGACAGGAGUUGACAGCCAGGACCUACCACAUGGGUGUCAUUCGCAAACGUCUGCUGCCAGUCCACUUUUCAACUCCUCUUCCCAAGGACAGCAUUCCCGAGGGUGCUGAGAUCUUAACCGAAUCGGGAAAGUCGGCCGGCAAGUUCCGGGCUGGAGGAGGUGAACUUGGUAUAGCUUUGCUGAGGUUAGCUAAUAUAAAUGAACCACUCUGCCUAAAUAUAGCGGGUGAUAAAGUGAAGCUCACUGCAAGUAUACCCGAGUGGUGGCCAAAACCUGCUAGUAAAUAAAUGAGGAACCACCACUUGCACAUUUGCCUUAUUGAGAAUGUAUUUUGUGUGAUAAGUUUGGGAGGCGACUCUGCCUUCGGCUGUUGUUUGUGGUGUUUGAUGGGGGGGUCAUUACAGGAUUCUUCAAACUGGAACCUAAACCAGCGGCAGGUUGCCGAGUACAGGAGGAUAAUCUGUUAAGUGUUGUGGAGAGAUCCAUACAGGGUACGCAAGGAAGUGUACCUUUUCCUGAGGGUGCCCUGUAUUUUUUUAGGGGAUUACACAUGUUGUUGGGUUGGAAUUGCUGAAUUUUCAGUCCAGCACUCGCUCAAUCUGACUGUGCUCUGCGCAGGGUGCUGUGUGUGUUCAGACUGAAGCGAGUGACGGGAGCAGGAGUUUCCCUAUUGUAUGCACUGAGUGUUUCUGUUCAGAAUAACCAUUCUGUGGUAUAGUAAUGUUUUUUUUUAAUGGAGAGCAUGCUGCUCUCACCUUGCCUAAGAUAUAUACUCAGGCUAAAGUGUUCACUGCAAAUUACUCCUUGCAUUGAGCUUCUUAAACCUGCUGAUUGGGUGGAUGUUUUUCCCACCACUCUAACUGCUAAUUAUGUUCAGGAAGAGGAAUGCCUUGUACUCCACAUUUCAGACCUUGAUUUUAGUAAGUAAUCCCUGGUGGGAAAGCUCUCAAAGAUCCUCGUCCCCGGCUUCAGCGCCGGCAGAGGGAGCAUAGCCAGCAGCAGCCAGCUCCUCUGCCUCUCCUGACCUCGGUCAUUCACGCUUCCUUCAAACAACUGUUUCAGAGAGGAAAGUGGUAUUUUACAGAAAUAAGGUGCACUGGUGCGUGCCCUGGGGUGACUGUUGUAUUGGUGUGCUGGUACUUGGCAGAAUAAUCGCUUACUAGAAGCACGUGCCCUCCAGUUGCCGACAACAGUUGAGGGGUGGAUUUUUUUGGCAUCAACAUCUUUGCUCUGUCAUCUUGUAGAAAAAUCCUCUGCGCUUUCCUGAAGCCUUUGGCAGGGGUUUCCUCACUCCCUCCACAAAGCUGGUGAAGGGACAGCGUGUCCCCAUCUCGGACCUUGGCUCCGUCCCUCAGCGUUAAGCUGCAGUCCCUGGAGAAGGGGUUAAUGCCACACGUGCUCUUGGCUUAGCCUGGCGUUCCUGAGGGAGGAUUUUCAUCACAUUCGCUUCUCUGGCUGCUUCAACUCCACGCUUGUUCUGAGAACUCUCUGUACCCCUCGUACAAAAACCUGUCCCUGCUGCCGUCUCCAGCUGAGGUUUUCUUCAUCCACCAUCCCCUCUGGGUGUUCAGAGCAGCCCAGUACUUCAGCAUGUCUUUGCUGCAUUUUUCUGGCUCCCACUGCUCUUCUUUUGCACUUUUUCUUGCUUCAGUCAAUGUAUUCCCCUUUGCCCCCCGCCCCAAAGCCAACCACCUCUGUGCCUGCUAACCCUGCCAGUCUGCAGUAAUUUACAGCAGCCCUAUGUAUUUUUGUAUUACAAUCAAUCCAUUACGUGCCCGCUCUUAGAACGGCACAUGUGUGGAAGGGAGUGACGAGAGAGAUGAGCAGGUGAUAUCCCAUGCACACCAAAAAAAAAAACCUCUUGCAUGCAUAUUUGUGACAAAAACCGUCCAAAGCACAUUCUACCAAUGUUUUGAUGUUGCUGUUACUGUGAAAGGAAUUUAUCUGUGAAAAAUGCUCAUAUUGCUUAAAACUCUUUAUGCUUGCUGUAAAAUGAGUUUGUGGAAUAUCUCAUUAAAAGUUUAUUGUAUCAGUAA